CUAAAGAGUAAAGGAGGGGGGUUAAAAAUACCAUCAUAAUAAGUAGUAUGACUGGAGUGCUCUGCAAAUUAACUCAAUUAGACAAAGUCUGAUUUAACGGGGGAAAGAGGGUGAGAAGCGCUACCCUCAUUAAAUCCGGCUGUUAGAGGCGUUUUCUAAUAAAAUUAAAUUCGUUUUAGUUGUUUGGAUCACAUAAAACAGGCUGCAUGUGCAUGUACACACGUGCAUAUGCGUGGGUUCUGUGAUUUUGUGGGUAUUUUUUAGAGGAGAGGAGCAGACCGCAAAACAAAAAUAUACGAAAAACAAAAACAACCAAAAAUAAAAAACUGAGUGAAUGCUCAAGAGCCCGAGUGGAAGACAAGAAGAAAGCAGGAUAGAAGGAGUGGAAAGCGAGAGACCGUGCUCCUGAUUAUAAAGCCAUGAGCCCUCUUUGGUGGGCGCUUCUGCUCAGCUGCCUGGGCUGCGGGCUCCCGCCCAGGGCCCGGGCGCAGUUCCCCCGGGUCUGCAUGACGGUGGCCAGCCUGGCGUCCAAGGAGUGCUGCCCGCCCCUGGGUGCGGAGCCGGCAAACGUCUGCGGCUCUCAGGAGGGCCGCGGCCGCUGCUCGGAGGCGCGGGCCGACACCAGGCCCUGGGGCGGGCCUUACUUCCUGAGGAACCAGGACGACCGCGAGCGGUGGCCACGGAAGUUCUUCAACCGGACCUGCAACUGCACAGGAAACUUUGCUGGCUAUAACUGUGGAGACUGCAAGUUUGGCUGGACCGGCCCCGACUGCGAUCAGAAGAAACCACUGGUUAUUCGAAAGAACAUUCAUUCUUUGACUCCUCAGGAGAGGGAGCAGUUCUUGGGUGCCUUAGACCUUGCGAAGAACACCACACACCCGGACUACGUGAUCACUACGCAACACUGGCUGACUCUGCUUGGGCCCAAUGGGACUCAGCCACAGAUCGCCAACUGCAGCAUUUAUGAUUUCUUUGUGUGGCUCCAUUACUAUUCUGUUAGAGAUACAUUAUUAGGACCAGGGCACCCAUACAAGGCCAUUGAUUUCUCACACCAAGGACCUGCCUUUGUCACCUGGCACCGGUAUCAUUUGUUGUGGCUGGAAAGAGAUCUCCAGCGACUUAUUGGCAACGAGUCCUUUGCUUUGCCCUACUGGAAUUUUGCCACUGGGAGGAACGAGUGUGACGUGUGUACAGACCAACUGCUUGGGGCAGCAAGACAAGAUGAUCCGACUCUGAUUAGUCAGAACUCAAGAUUCUCCAGCUGGGAAAUUGUCUGUGAUAGCUUAGAUGACUACAACCGCCGGGUCACUCUGUGUAAUGGAACCUAUGAAGGUUUGUUGAGAAGAAAUCAAGUGGGAAGAAAUGGUGAGAAGUUGCCAUCCUUAAAAGAUGUACAAAAUUGUCUGUCUCUCAACAAGUUUGACAACCCUCCUUUCUUCCAGAACUCCACCUUGAGCUUCAGGAAUGCCCUGGAGGGGUUUAAUAAAGCAGAUGGGACCCUGGACUCUCAAGUGAUGAACCUUCAUAAUUUGGUUCACUCUUUCCUGAACGGGACAAAUGCUUUUCCACAUUCUGCUGCCAAUGAUCCUGUUUUUGUGGUCCUCCAUUCCUUUACUGAUGCCAUUUUUGAUGAGUGGAUGAGAAGAUUUAAUCCUUCUGUAGAUGCUUGGCCUCAGGAGCUGGCACCCAUUGGUCACAACCGGAUGUACAACAUGGUUCCUUUCUUUCCUUCGGUGACUAAUCAGGAAUUCUUUAAAACCGCAGACCAGCUUGGCUACAACUACGCCAUUGACCUGCCAGUUGAAGAAACUCCAAGUUCUACCACGACUCUCCCAGUGGUUAUGGGAACGCUGGCAGCUUUGGUUGCCCUUUUGGCGCUGCUGGCUUUCCUUCAGUACAGAAGACUUCGCAAAGGAUAUGCACCCUUAAUGGAGACACAUUUAAACAACAAAAGAUACACAGAAGAAGCCUACGGUGCUCACGCCUUACCCUAGAGAAGAGGCCAGCCAAGCUGUGGUGGGAGCCUGACGACAAACUAACCCUCCCUGUUCUUCCUUUCGCUGACGGUCUUUGGCACAGCUCAUUCCAUUGUGGUGAUGAUCCCAGAUACAGAUGCUUUGCUGUAGUUUCUGGUUUGCUUUUUGUGUGUAACAGACUCAAGCUGACGUGCUUGAGGCCAUCUCUACCCUCAAACAAAGGUAGAGCUAAGAUUAAUGGUAUCUCAUAAUAGUUCCCCAUAUUGAUUAAGUCUCCUCAUGUUUUGAGAAUAUAUAUAUAUAAAAGUUGAUAGUGUGGAUUCAUUGUAAUUUGCAUGUUAAUGUAAUUUGUGACUUGAAUAAGAUUAUGGUUCAGUCUUUCUUAGCUCAAGUGCCUCCAUUUGUAAUGGGGUGGGGGUAGGCCGGCAGGCGCUUCAAUGGUCUCUAAGCUCCCUUUCAGCUAUAAAUACCUAUGCUUUUAGGGGCCUUUCUGAUUAUCUUUUUGAGGCUUCCUUUUCUUUUUUCUGUCUUUUCCUCUUCAGCCUUUAAAAUGGUCAUGAGGAUGAAAAUAUGCCUUAUUUCCCAAGUAGGAUAGAGAAUAAAUGAAUGAGUGAAUGAGCAAUUUGGUUCUUUUAUAAAUUAGACUUUGCUAAACUUAUCAAAAGUCUGAAGUUCUUAACAGUAGAUAUAUCACGAGAUUCAAUAGCUGGAUAAACGAAUUCUACAGUGAUAAAUAAGUGGGUGCGGGAUUAAAUUAUAGAGCUUUCUAGUUAACUAAUAUGCAGUUUCAACAUAUUAUCAAGAAUAGAAUCCCUCUUUCCGGGAAAGGCUGACUGAAGAAGGCUGCUGAGGCUAUAAUCCUGACGAUGAAAACAGUUUGAUCUGAGCUCCAUUGCUCUGAGGUCUCGUUUGACUGACCCUGAACCAAAUUCCUUUGCUAGGUAGCCUCAUAUGGAAAAUUUUUCACUUAAAAUGCAUUUGGCUUGUUUUAAAGAGUUGACUUUGGAUUCACUAAUGCUGCACUGUACUGACAGUUACUUAUUGAAUGCUAAUCAAUUAAGUCUUAUCAUUUAAAGCAAACCAUGUAUACAAAAUAUAACACUUCAGAAUUAAAUGGUUAUGUCCCACUAAGUAAUCAUCAGAUCAUGAGAGAGAAGAAUGAGGCAUUUUUUACUAAGAUGUUUAGACUUAGCAAUAUGAUCCCACUUCUGAGCAGAAGUUAACAGCUCUUAAGAUUUCAUCUGCUCAUAUCUGGUAUCUGUGCAUCUGGGGUGAGGCCAAAGUUCUAGAGGGUGGCCUGUCUGUGUGCUCAUUUCAGCCCCUCUCUGGAAUGGAUGUGUGUAAAGAGUGGGUGUUAAGAGGACCCUGGAGCUGCCUUCUACUUACGGGGGCCUAGAAGGUGCAAGAUUCACCAACACCCAGUGUUGCUCACUGGAAUAGAACUGAGAAAGCCAGGGAAAUGGACAAGGCCCAGUCUGAACUGAAUUUGAGUCUCAUAAAGAUACAGGUAUAUUUGAGAGUAAGAAUCAAGGUAGCCCAGAAUUCUUCAUGGGGGGAACCCCUGCUGGGACUUUUUUUAGCCACAGCUACAUCUGAAUUCCUGCCUUUAACAGUGCUCAUAGAAAAUUCAACAAUGUUUCAUUAACAUGCUCCACUUUUACAGUUUAUGCUCUUGACUCAGGGCUGUUGUAGAACACAUUCUUACAUCCAAUUUUCAAACCAAAUGAGAUCUAUAUUAAAAUGAAGAUAUAGUUGUGUGUGGUAGGAUGUUCCUGAAAAGUUGUGUAUAAAUCAAUUAUACAUUAAAUCACCAGGGGAAAUUAGUUUUUAUAGGUGAACUAUUAUGAAUAAUCCUAUAAAGCAAAUAACCACCUCUAGCUUCUAUUUCAGGUAUAUCAGAAUUUUCAUACAUCAUGUUCUCCUAAGAUUUGAUUAAAGCAAGAUCUAUCUGAGGUAGAAGUAAAGAGUAGUCAUUUAUACUUAGCUACUUUUAUCUGUAGUGCUGAACCUUAUUAUAAAUGUUGUAUUUUAUAAUGUUUUCCUGAAAGAAAUAAUUUCCUAAUUUUAUAGUUCAUAUAAGAGGAAUAAAAUUUUCUAAUAUUACAAUAAAUCAAUGAUGAAUGCCUUUUAACAAAUUUAAAGGUAGAACAAACCUGUAGAAUAAAAAAGUUAGUAUUUACGUACAUUGAAUAUUAUGCAAAUAAAACUCAGAAAAUAUCACCAAGCACUGUAGGGCUGUACUUCUCAAUGAUAGGGGAAACAAAUUCAACCUUGAAAUUGAGUAGGUAAUUUUAUAUGCUAUAUCCUUAGUGUUAGAAAAAUUAUAUGUAUAUGAAUUAUGAUUUCAAAAGAAAUGUUUUUAUAAAUCUAAUAUAGAAGUAAGAUGAAAUCCAAUAACAUCUUUCUUUUGUGAAUUAAUUUCUCCUCUAAUUCUAAAAUUCUUUAACAUUAGUUUGUGUCUUGCUUAGAAUUUAACAUUGUUAAUUAUAAUAAUCCUAACAACUAAUUUUACAAGAAGUAGAAAACUUAGUAAAGAAGAAAAUAAAAAUAAAUGUUGUUUUGCAGAUUAUUGUU